UUAUCUAAAUUCGAAUUAAUCUCGUAGUGUAGACGUACCCAUGGAGUGCAACGUCACACUAGUAUAAACACUUGUGUGAACCUUUGGAAACUGCUCUCUUCAAAGACUCAGUAAGUGGCGUUUGAACACAGGCUUCCUCAGGAUAGACUGUCCUUCCUGGGCUGGGAUAGAAGGUGUGUUACAACGUGUUGGUUAUCCCGUUCUAACCAAUGUGUUCCAACUUUCCAAGUGCUGCAGGCUGAGGUGAAAACUAGACUCCCCUUAUGGUUCACCUAGCCCGGCUAACAUGUUAACAUACAAUUUGCUUUUGGUUGUUUGGUGGUAAUUGACGUGCUCUUUGUGGACAUUGUAGGACUCACUGGUGGAAAUCUGGCUUGCUCUAGACAGAACAAUGCAGCUGUACAGCCCUCAUGCCUUGGGGCUUAAGUUUAGUGCUAAAUGAGGUCAAGAAGACACGUCCUCCCAUUGUGCGGAAUUGCACAAGUAGGUGGUUUGUGGUGGGGUGUGGUUCUGCUCUUGGGAUGUUUCCAUCACCCAUCGAGGAUAAGGGGCUCAGUGUGACUGGCCAGGGGAUGUCUCCUUGGCUUCAGGGGUAGAAGCCUGUGGGGUUUUAUUUUUGACGUAAGGACCAGUAUUCUGGUGCUGUGUGUGAUUUGUAUAAUGACUGUUGCAGCGCAUGGCUCAAUCUGCGGGUUUCACUUUCCUCGUAACGUGGGAAAGGGACAAUUUAUCGGAAGCUCUCUGGCUGGGUUCAGACUCAAGAAACUUUAUUUUCAAAAACACUUUUUGUAAAGGUGUUGAAAACAGUUUCAUCCUGUCUACGCAAGCAGUUAAAUUGUCCUCAGCAUCAGUCCAAGGAACCCAAUAGUUAAUUGACCUAGUGCUGGAAAUAGCUGUCUCCUGGCGUAGUAGGGCUCCAGCGUGUUGGAAAGUGUGUGAACCGAAACUCGAUAGUGGUCAGGAGUGCUAUUUAGUCCACUGCUAACAGGCUUCAGUCUCCUCUGUCUUACAAGGCUCAUAAAUCGCUGUGAGUUAAGCAUGCGAUACAGAGGUUGCCUGGAUUCCAUCCAGUCUACAUUUGAGUAAAGGAAGAGUAAAAUUGUCUGUUCUGAAAUGAGCUAUCGUCCUUUUGCUGUGCCAGAGGAGAACGCAGGCCUUCCUCAGGGCUGGGGGUGUCACCUGCAAGGCUGUUACAAAGCAGUCAGAAGGGGAGUGGGGGCGGGGGGAGUGCCAUUCACUUUCUGUUGUCGAGCUACAAGAACAGUGCCAGUAAAAAUGGCGCUGCCUGGCUGGCCAAACCCUGGGUGCCAUGUGCCUUUUUCUGCAUGUUUGGUCUUUGGCUGGUCAGUCAUUUGUUUGUUCCCGGUUUGAAGCUGCGCCAUCUUUAAACAAAGCGAAAGCAGUAAGUCUUUCUGCCAGGCUACAGGAUUAUCUGAGUGGGGGGAAAUCCAGCCUUGGCAUUUAGCCCCUAACGUUCUGUCCUUUGUGUGUAAAAAGAUGGGCAGAGCCAGGAUAAUGGCACCACCAAGUCAGAAAUUCAUUUUGUUUAACAUCUUUCCCUCCCCAUUGGUCGGUUUGAAGCCAGAUGCUGCUGAGUCCGAAGUGAAAGUCUCCUACUCUCUAGUUUCUGCUCUUUGCCAGGGGAACAGUCCAGGAUUGUUCUCAUCAAUGUGGAAGCGUUUUGACAAGUUUGCAAUAUGGGCUCCCAUCUCUUCUUACUAAAGGUGGUAACUGACCGCAGGGAAUUGCUGUUCCUGUGUCUCCCUCAAAAUGAGGUUCCCUUGCUUUACUUAAAGAUUAAACAUUGCGGUGUUAAGUUAAGUGGCUAGGUCUGUUUUGGUUUACCUGACACCUUUCGCACAUUUGUGCAUUUAAAAAAAAUUCUCCUUGUGUUGCUCUCUUGUCUAACAUGUCAGUGGACCAGAGAGCAACAGUACAUAUAUGUAUGCAGCAAAAAUUACAUCUGUUUAUAAUCAAAAUAUAAGGGAGACUAGAGGGCAAGCCUGUCGGAGGUGUAGAGUGAACCUCUGGUAUGUCAUUUCCCGCAAGGUCUUUGAAGCUUCAUUUCCCUUUCCUUCUUCACAGUGUACUAAUGGUCACUUGAUGUGCGCUGGCUGUUUUAUCCACCUACUAGCAGAUGCCCGGCUGAAGGAGGAACAGGCUACGUGCCCCAAUUGCCGUUGUGAGAUCAGUAAGAGCCUAUGCUGCCGAAACCUGGCUGUGGAAAAAGCAGUGAGUGAGCUGCCAUCCGAGUGUGGCUUCUGCAUGCGGCAAUUUCCUCGCUCUCUUCUGGAGAGACACCAGAAAGAGGAGUGCCAGGACAGGGUGACUCAGUGCAGAUACAAGCGGAUUGGGUGCCCGUGGCAGGGUCCAUACCACGAGCUGACAGUCCAUGAAGCGGAGUGCACUCACCCCACAAAGACGGGGAAUGAACUGAUGGAGAUUCUGGAUGAAAUGGACCAAACCCAUAAAAAAGAAAUGCAACUGUAUAACAGCAUCUUCAGCCUGCUCAGCUUUGAGAAGAUUGGCUAUACAGAAGUUCAGUUCCGUCCCUAUCGAACCGAUGACUUCAUCACCCGCCUGUACUACGAGACGCCCAGGUUCACCGUGCUCAACCAGACCUGGGUGUUAAAGGCCCGCGUCAACGACUCCGAACGCAACCCCAACCUGUCCUGCAAGCGCACCCUCUCCUUCCAGCUCAUUCUGAAAAGCAAGAUCAGCUCCCCCAUGGAGUGUUCCUUCCUGCUCCUGAAGGGGCCCUACGACGACGUGAAAAUCAACCCCGUGAUCUAUCACUUCGUCUUCACCAAUGAGAACAAUGAGACGGAGUACGUGCCGCUCCCCAUCAUCGACUCUGUGGAAUGUAACAAACUGCUGGCUGCCAAGAACAUCAACUUGCGGCUUUUUAUAUUCCAGAUACAGAAAUAGGCAAGGCUGAGUUAUGCUGGAAGUUACCAAGAAAGCACCACUGAACCAUAGUUACCUCGUACGGCUGCCUGUGCCCGUUGUGAUUUCACAGUAAUUUGAUCAUUUUAAAAGGAAAAAACCCAACAAAACGUCUGCAUGUGUAUGCAACAGCGUAAGCAGUCACAGCCUUCCUUCCCUUCCCUUCCCCCAUCUUCCCCAGGGACAGACAAGAAUGGAGCCAGGUCCGUGCCGAGGGCUGGCACAUGGAGGUGACAGCUGGGAAGCCUGCAGGUGCUGGCAGCAUACCGAGAGCUCUUUGGCAUGCUGUGGUGAGGGCACAGCCAUCCAAGCAGUUCAGUACAUUGUGAAUAGACGGAGUUAUGUUGUCAUGGUAAAGUGCACAGUCUACAUGUGGCAGUUGGGGGGGCUGUAAGGGAGGCCCCUCCCUUCAGGCAGCAUGUGGCUUGAAUGAACUGGAUACAUUUCAGUUUCCUGUUUUGGUUUUGGGGUGGGGCGGACAGAGACAAGUGUAGCUGCGAUCGAGGGCUUGGGAGAGCCUAGUUCAUUAUUAUUUGUGCAGUCUGGUCCUCUGUCUAUUUUAUCAGUAGAAUAAAACAAAUGGGGACCCCUACCCCCCUGAAAACACUAAUGAGGUGUUUGGGGGAGUUUGUGGAACUUGUGCGGGCUGGGCUGACGUUCCACUCUUCUAUGGGACAAGGAUAGAGGUGGGGAGAAAUGAUGGCCCUGUAGUGCAUUACAUAUGAAAGCGUUCCAAAGAACCAGACUCCCCACGUGUGUAUAGUGUGUGUAAACUAACCCUUCGUUCCAUGUUCCUUUCGCCCCAACCUUUUGGUCCAGUGGCGUUAACCAUUGCCAUGGUUUGUAAAUGGAAGUUUAAGAUGCAGGGCGAGGAUUAUGAAAAGCGGACACGCUGAGCAUUGCACGAUCUCUCACGGGGUUGUGACGUGAACCUCCUGGACUGAGUGGGCUUUCCUGGUAAUUCCCAAGCGAAGAUGCUCUUGUUCUCGACUAACUUAGAACGGGUUAUUGGAGCAUUUUUGUCAGGACUGUGCUAAUGGCGAAUGGAUCCGAACGGUUCAUUGUCCCCUCUCCUUCCCUUCCCCCACAAACACCACCCUGGAAUGCUGCAAACAAAAUACUGUAUCUCUAGUUCAUUUUGUAUUGCACAUCAUGAAGAAACAAUCCCAAGGUCAUUUCUACAGUUCCAUGCUUCCUCCAGCCCUGCAAUAUAGCACAGGUUGAGAUUUUAUCUAGACAAGAUGAGGACUUAUGUAGAAACCAAACCUAAAUUCUUGCAGACUUUUCGGAAUGCAGGGUGAAAUUCUGUCCCUUUGCAGUUUUGCCAAAACUUGAGUUUCUUGUGAAACAAGAAAAAAGAAACGAGUUGCAGGCUCUUCUAGUAAUUAUGCAAUUUUACAGUGUGAGAAUAUUUUUUAUAUAUGAAAUAUAUACAGCAUGUUUAUGGACAGGGAUAGUGCAGCCAGUCACCAAAUUGUGAAGAGAUCUACAGGGAUGUUUCACGUGACACUAUUUUUAAGAAAUGUAAAUGUGGGGUAUUACUGGUGGUGGAGGAAAACUCUAUCACAAGCUCAUUAAUGCUGUGUGUUCAAGACCAGCCACCCAGUGAAUAUGCCCAUUGAAGUCAGGCCAUCUCAUUUUAUUGUUACGGAAUAACUGGAUUGGGUAUGAUGUAAAUCGUGAAAACCUCUCGCAGAUGCUGCCUACAGUGAAGCUAUUACUGUUUUACUUUCUGUAAUGAAACUUUUUCUGCCUGGGUUUUCAUUCUGAAUCAUGUCAGCUUUCCAGCCUAGCUUUCUCACCUCCCACUGGCCCUUCUAAAGGCAAUGGCCAAUGGGAGUUCGAGCCCUUUGAUUGGUAACUUGAUGAGUCUUUCUGCUGAGCCCCAUGGAAUAGGAGAAUGUUUAUAGCAUGAAGCCUAGUUAAUAGUCUUAAUAGUGUCUUGAAAUCUUAGUGAUGUCUUUUAAAGAGGCCUAGAGUUUCAUAGAAUGAAGGGUAUUACUGCCAGGUUAAAAGAUGUUUGUUCAAAAUGCUCAGUUGGAAUGGAUGUGAGAUUUACAAAGGAAAAAUAACUUUCCAUUAGCUGCUGCUGUUACUGUCUAGUGUGGAGGUUGGAGUC